CUUGUGGGCAAAUGCCUUGCUGUGCAGGUCUCCAAAGCAGAUGCGACGUAUGUCGUUAGUGCUCCACCAAGCAGAUUUGAUAAAUCGAUUGGAAUGCCCAACAGCGUGCUAGCAAGCUCUCAGAAACAGUUAGGUCCAGUGUAUAAAGACCCUCCUCCGAAAAUCAAUCCAACGGGUGUAGCAGUCCAUCCAUUGCGAGCAAGCUCUAGUCAAGGAAUCCAGCUCUGUCGGCUUUGCGAUCCCGAAAGCCAGGCCGAUCGGUCGGGCUCUGGUAGUGGUGCCGCUUGCAAUUGCAACCGAGGGAUUGAUAGUAGGCGGUCUGGUACAACUGGAUGCGAAGUCACUCAACAAGCCUUGGGAAGACAAACUGAACAGUCAAUCGCAACCCAAAGCAACGCCUGUGUCAGUCACAUCAUAUUCACCUCUUUAGUGCUCGUGGUUGUCUUUUUGGGCUAUGUUUUUUACGAGAUGUUUAAGAAAUACUUCCAAGUCAAGCCGAUCUAUUGAGGGUGCCCUACAUACUCAUACAAGAAGUUUGUUGUGGGUCAAAUGUUAAUUCGAUGACAUAGAGCCAGUGUUUCCAUGAGUUAGA